UUUCCCUUUUUUUUUUCAUUUUGCACUAACACUUAAAAAAAAUUUAUACCACUUUCAAAAUAAAUUUGAAAUAAUUAAGAUGGGAUUAAAGGAUGACUUUGUGACUUCACUAGCAGAAUUUAUUGGAACUACAUAUUUCAUUUUCAUAGGACUCGGAGGUAGUGAUGCAAUAGCUGCUUUUUCUGGAAAAUCUUUAGGUGACAUAAAACUCUUUGCUACUGCAUUCUCAUUUGGAUGGUCAUUAAUGAUAAAUGUAUGGCUUUGGAGUGAUAUAUCCGGCGGAGUAUUGAAUCCUGCCAUUACUAUAGCAUUAAUGUUUACAGAUGAUCAAGAAUUAAGAAUAAGGAGAGGAAUUUUUUAUAUCAUCGCACAAUUCGCAGGAGCUAUACUCGGAUCAUUACUUGUAAAAUUAUUUUUACCAGCUCCAAUUGCAGCUUUAACAACCCUUUCGGACGGAACUACAAUUCUUCAAGGAUUGGUAAUUGAAAUUAUUACUACAUCUUUAUUAACAUUAACUGUGUAUACAUUAGCCGUUAAUGAAAGAGGUGGAUUUAUGAAAUCUUUUGGAAUUGGAACUUCUGUAUUAAUUUCUGUACUUGUUGCUGGACCAUAUACAGGAGCAAGCUUGAAUCCAGCGAGAACUCUUGGUCCAGCCAUUGUAGCAGGAAAAAUCUCCGGUGAUAUUUGGAUUUAUUUCAUUGGUCCUAUUAUAGGAAGUUUAUUAGCGGCAUCAUUUCAUACUUAUUUUAAAAAAAAUUUUGGAGCUCUACAUCUUGAUAGGGAUAGGGAUGAUCUUGAUAGGGAUCUUGAUCUUGAUAGGGAAAAUCUUGGUAAGGAUUAAAUGAAGUUUAAGGAUUAAAGGAUGUUUAAAAUAUUUUAAGACCUUUUUUUUCUAUACCUAAAUAUUAUAUAUAUUGUACAAGUAUAUAUUGUAUAACUAAUAAUAAAGGAGA